AUGGGUGCAUCAAUGGUGCGGAAAAAACCCCUGCUGUACCACGAUGUAACGACGAAAAAUAGUCGUCGGGGUUUGCAAAAACAGGAUAAUCAACGAAAUAAUCUGAAGCCGGCCAUAACUGCCGUGAAGAGACCAGCCACCGAUAACGUGUCUAGAGAUAAGGGCAAUAAGUCAGAUGGGUCACCAGCAGUCAAGUAUCCAACCUCGCCCUGGACGGUGCAAGAGCGGUGGGCCACCCCUGUGAUAUCCAUCUUGGGAGAAGGAACCUCAUCGCAAAAUCUAGUAACACAGGACUGCGAUGUUUCGAGCCUCUGCCCUUGUAGAAGCAGCGACAAUAAUAAGUUGGCGAAUGCGGAUAUUACAAGUCUCAGAGAUAUCGCAAGGUGUGUGGAUUUACAACCAGAAGAGUCUGACGGUGAUUAUGUGACUCCACCGAAGGAGAACGGAAGCACCAGCGGAAACAACAUCAGUGGCGCUUAUGACAAUGUGAUUAUUUUGAAAAAAGUACCACUUGGACUGUUCUCAAGCGAAACUGCUAGGGACACUAUAGGUGGCAUUAACACGUCUAAUUCUGAGGGUGGCGAAGUCGAGAAUAAGAACGACAGGGAAAAGGAUGGCGAAGACGACAGGGUUAAUGUGGAGGCUGUAAAUACUGUUGUAGCUAAUGGUAGCAUCGACGACAAGGACGGGACGGCCCUCUGCGACCAGAGCAAUACUGCUAUUAGUACUCUUGCCAAAAAAUCAAAAGGAGCGGGGAAAAAAGACCGUUAUUACAUUACCACUGUGAAGUUGAACAAGAUCAGAGCACUUGGAAUUGAACCGAAGUCUCGCGUCAUUGAACGGUGGCUGUACCAAACUGAGGAUCCAGUACUACAACGGGGGAUACGGAGAAGGUGA